AUGACCAGAGCCGACACAAAGAUCUCUCUCCGAAAGUCUAAAAAGGACUCACGACGGGUCUUUGUCAACGUUCCACCAUCUGCGCAGUAUCUCGACAAAAAUGGCGCUCCCAAGACCACCUAUGGAUCCAAUCGUAUCAACACUGCAAAAUAUUCAACGCUCACUUUCCUACCUAAAAACUUGUUUGAACAAUUCCGCCGCGUCGCCAAUAUGUUCUUCUUGUUCAUGGCCAUCAUACAAUUGACACCCCUUUUCACUGUCGGCUCGCCCUUCUUGACCGUCUUCCCACUCUGCUUUGUUGUUGGUGUCACCGCCAUCAAAGACGGCUUUGAGGACUACAAACGACAUGUCGAGGACCGCAAUUUUAACCAGCGGCUGUGUCUGCAACUUAAAAAUGUGGUCAAUUACAACUACACGACUCAGGAAUACCUCGAUAAACAAAGACAGCGUGGCUUUUUGGCCAGGGCCUGGAGCACCCUUACUAGUGGACUCCGAGGUGGUACAAAAAGGACGUCUAGGGCACUCAAUCUCUCCAAGAAACCAACCCGCGAAGAGUCACCGCAAUUGGACACCCAAAAUUUCGGUCUCCCCGAAGACGAUAGUCUUAGUCAACAAACAGAUAAACACUCACACCAACUGCCCGAUGGCUCUCCCACACCCCAGCCAGAGUUUGUCAAGGAGCAAUGGCAUAACCUUCGUGUUGGUGACUUCAUCAUGCUCAAGAAUAAUCAAGCUGUACCAGCAGAUGCCAUCAUCCUCGCUACAUCCGAAGCAGAAGGCUCGUGCUUUAUUGAAACAAAAGAUUUGGAUGGCGAAACAAACUUGAAGACCAGAAUGUCGGUUCAUGAAACCUCCAAAUACAAUACGGCUCGUCGCUGUAGUCGGCUAAAAUGUUAUAUUGAUAUGGAACCCAUCAAUGCCAACUUAUUCUCGUUCAACGGAUCGCUCACCAUGAUUGCUAAGAGGAGAAGUCCCAAUAAUGAUCAAGGCACAGGUGGGGCUGCAGGACGAUAUGGUAACAAGCGAUAUAGCCACUAUGCUCCCUCCAUCACUUCUAGCAUGAUGUCGAGCGUCCGUGGAUCUAUGGAUGAUGGCCGUGACCACUGGGAUGAGCACUUGAACAGCAAUUCUGAAGGUGCUGAUACACAAUUCCCAGCACAAAGCGGCACGAGUGCUUCAGACUACGCGCGCUUGCACAAGAGCCGUAGUGCGAAGCGCCGUUCCAGGGCUUCAGAAUCAGCAGAGCAUCCAGCUUCGAACACUGCCAUCUCUAGUGGCAAGCAGGAAUAUGAGGAACCAGCGGAGAUGAUUCAUGAUGAGCAGCCAUCAUCCUCAUUACAUCCCAGUUUACCGAAGCGCCAUAGUUUGUACCGAUCGUCGACAGGCAUGAGUACUGGAGGUGCAAGUGAGAUGGCCAAGAAUGUUCUUAAGGCAAAUCAUGAGCAGCAAUUGCAACAGCAUCAGCAAGAUGGUCAUGAUCUCCACCGAGUGCGCUCUUCUCGCCAUGCUCAACGCAGUAGUAGCAAUUUUGGAACCACGGCCCAGUAUAAGGAGACCACUAUUCCUGUGGAUAUUAACAACAUGCUGCUACGUGGUCAUGUUAUCCGUAAUACCCAUUGGGUUAUCGCUGUCAUUGUUGCUACUGGAACCGAGACCAAGAUUAUGUUGAACUCUGGCGAAACACCGAGUAAGCGAAGCCGUAUCGAGAAAACUAUGAAUAUUCAGGUUGCACUUAAUUUUGGGAUCCUACUCUUGCUCUGCAUUGUUUGUGCGAUUGGCUCAACGAUCUACGACCGAAAGUGGCGAGGCACGACUGCAGAGGAGUUAUGGGACAGAUCGACUCGUGGCAUAGUGACUGAGGGCGUGAUUACUUUCUUUACGAGCUUGAUUAUCUUUCAAAACAUCAUCCCAAUUUCGUUGUAUAUCUCUAUUGAGUUUGUCAAGACCUUCCAAGCAUAUUUCAUCUGGCAGGAUAGUGACAUGUAUGAUAUCGAUCUGGACCAGUUCUGUACCCCAAAAACUUGGAAUUUGACCGAUGACUUGGGUCAGAUUGAGUACGUGUUCUCGGACAAAACAGGAACUUUAACUAGAAAUAUUAUGGAGUUCAAGAAAUGUUCUAUCAAUGGCAAGAUCUAUGGUAACAAUGCGGUCUCUGGAAAGACUGAUGCAGAAAAAGGUGUCGAGUUAAUGAACAGUGGUAUGGAGCCUGGCCAACAGGAUGAAAGUGGAGAGAGCAGUGCACAGCAUCAGGAGAAGCAAAAGAAAGAUGAUGGUAAAGAUGCUGUCUUGAAGGAAUAUGAUCAAGAGAUCCGUAAGAUCUUUGAACCCGUUUACAUGGAUCCAGUUGAGAGCUUAUCCUUUGCCGAUCCGGACCUUCUACGUGAUAUGGAUGUUCAGAGAGGAGGCACUACCUCUAAUACCACCAAUAGUACUAAUAGAGAAGGUAGCAGCUCAACCUCAAAUCAGCAUGUGACAUCUGGUAAUAAGGGACAAGAAGUGGCUCAUGAUGGCUCGCCAGCUAGCAACAUCCGUGAUUUCUUCACGUUGCUUGCUCUUUGCCACACUGUUGUGGUGGAGCAGCCUGAGGAAGAAAUCCAGGAUGAUGAAGAUGACGAAUACGGCAUUUACGAAGACCAAGACGACUCUAACAAUGGAGAUUUAAACGGUGAACGAAAAGGAGGAUUGCACUUUGGUCUUCGUGAGAAGCUUAAGCAAAAAGCGGAAGCUGCGGGUCUGUCUGUCCCUGGAGCAAGCGGCUCAGCGGCCAAUCAGGGCUCUGGCAAGAGAAGCCGUGCCAACUCCAACGCGAAUCCAGGUCCAGCGGCGACACCCAGUUCCAAUAAUGGACUGAAGCAACAGCACAACAAUGGAUCAAGUAGUUCAGUGGAUGAGCAGGGCAAGGCCACGGCCAUGCUCCGAUACCGUGCUGAGUCACCUGACGAGGCCGCCUUGGUCUCCGCAGCUAAGAAUGUUGGAUUUACGUUUGUCUCUCGCGGCGCAGUUUCUACUGGUGCAGACAAUAGUGGUGAAAAAUCUGGGUCUAAAGGAGCGGGUAAUUCUCGGCAGAAUGUCAAUGUCAACUUUUUGGGCCAGGAUCAUACCUAUGAACAGUUAGAUGUGAUAAAGUUCAACUCAACUCGUAAGCGUAUGACAGUCAUUGUACGAGAGCCUCAAGAGUUGGGUGGCAGGAUCUUGUUGUUAACUAAAGGAGCCGAUAAUGUCAUCUUUGAACGUUUGCGUCAAGGUGAUGAUGAUCAGGAGCUGCGUGAUCAGACUGAGCAUGAUAUUGAGACAUUCAGUAACAUGGGACUGCGUACAUUGACGUUGGCACAGAGGGUUCUAGAUGAGAAGACUUACCUUGCUUGGUCUACCAAGUAUGCUGAGGCUGGAAAGGCAUUAGAGGAUCGUGCCAAAAAGGUGGAUCAGGUUGCAGAGGAGAUUGAGAAGGAUCUAACACUUAUUGGUGCUACUGCCAUUGAAGACAAGCUUCAGGAUGGUGUUCCCGACAGUAUUGCAGCUUUAAGACAGGCUGGCAUCAAGGUCUGGGUCCUGACUGGAGACAAGCUCGAGACUGCCAUUAACAUUGGUUUUGCAUCAAGACUGCUCGAAAAGGAUAUGAAAUUGGAGAUCAUGAAGAUGGGACGGAAUGAAUCUCCCGAACAGGUUCUAAAGCGGUUCAAAGUAUUGGUAGAGGGCGUCAUGAAUGGUCAUGGCAGUGCUGAAGAACACGCCUUAGCAGACUUUACAUCCAAGACUACUAAGGACGAGAGCGACCACCAUCAGGGUGCACAACAGAAUCAGCGCGAACAACAACCUCUCUCCUCCUCGUCGACCGCACAACCAGCUCAACCAUAUGCUGUCUCGAAUGGAAACUCAUGGGAUGAAAAACAUCUUCCACCAACCCCUUCCGAUGCCUCACUCCUUCAUGACCCUCACCGCCAGGAAAAUCAUCAAGCACAACACGCAUUGAUUGUAGAUGGUUCUGCACUCAAGAUAUUGCUUGACGAUCCGGAUGCUCGCAAGGAUUUGAUCCGAUUGUCAGAUGUAUGCUUCUCUGUCAUCUGCUGUCGUGCUUCACCUCUGCAGAAGGCUUUGGUUGUGGAACUGAUCCGACGUGGCAAGAAGACUGUUUGUUUGGCAAUUGGUGAUGGAGCCAACGAUGUGUCCAUGAUCCAAGCAGCUAACAUUGGAGUUGGUAUUGCAGGACAGGAAGGUAUGCAAGCUGCCAUGGCCUCAGAUUACUCAAUCACACAGUUCCGAUUCAUCCGUAAGCUGGUCCUUGUUCAUGGUCAUUGGGGCUACAUGCGGAUUGCCGAGAUGAUCUUGAACUUCUUUUUCAAAAAUGUUCUCUGGGUUGCUGCCGUGCUUUGGUUCCAGAUUUAUUGCGGUUUUUCGGCAAUGCUCUUCUACGACUACACAUUUGUGUCCCUAUAUAACUUGAUGCUCACAGCGGUCCCUGUCCUUGUACUUGGUGCCACAGACCAAGACUUGAUUGCUCCUUAUAUUCUCCGAUUCCCAGGCGUAUACAAGCUGGGUAUUCACCAAAAGCGAUAUAACCAAUUCCGAUUUGCUGCCUAUAUGCUCGAUGGCGUUUGGCAGUCCCUGAUUGUUUUUUGGUUCUGGCGUGGUGUCUAUGAAGUGAAUCUGUUGGGCCGCUCCGGCAUUGACGGCUCCUUACUUGAACUCUCGACCUCAGUUGCGAUCACGAAUGUGGUGAUUGCUUCGUUGUAUGUUGGGCUGCAUACUUACCAUUGGACAUGGUUAAUGCAUUUUGCAGUCUGGGGCUCGAUUGCAUUCCUGGUCCUCAUGAUUUUGAUUUAUGGGGAAUUCACAGCCUCACCAAUCUAUCAUGUCGCAACCCAGCUCUUUAGUCAAGGCCCAUUCUGGUUCAUGCUGAUCCUUGCGGUGAUAACAGCAUUCUUGUUGCGGUACACGGUCUUAUUCAUAAGCUUCUGGUGGUUCCCAGAUGAUGUCCAUACAGUCCGAGGAAUCAUGAUCGCAGAGAAACAGAAUGCAAAGCAAAAGCACGUCAAAUGGACGGGCCUUGGUGAUGAUGGUAUGCAACCUCAAGAACAGUCAGAGCAAGAGAAGGCUAUCUUGAAGAAGGAGGAUGAGAAGAGGGCCAUUAAAGAAGCAGAGAAGGCAGAAAAGAAGGCAGAAAAGGAAGCUCGCAAGAAUGGUGGGCAACCGCAACAGGAUACAAAUGGCAACCGCAACGGUAACGAUCAGCCCUAUGACCUGACCAUGGUUAGGAUCAAUGUCAAUGACCAUGAACAUCACUCCCAGGAACCAUCUUCAAGCCCUUACGGUGCUGCGGGUGUUAUGGUAUCUCCAGGAGUGUCGCAAGCUCGUAAGCAAAGCCCACUUGAAAUCCAACAACAGCUGUUACAAGCUCAGAAUGAACAGCGUGAACGACUCGCAACCUCUGGAGAGCUUCACCUUUCUCCAGACGACCCAGAAUUCCCUCAUAACAAGAGGACAUCGUCUUACAACAAUGUGAACUCAUUGCAGAGCAAGCCUGCAGCACUACCACCAAUCCCUUCACCUUCACUACCAUCAUUACCAGACAUGUCAUCUGAAACCAUCCCCUCAAAUCAAUCACCCUCUACUACCAACAACUAA